AUGCCCAGUCCAUUUCAGUCAUUUCAAUCAAACCUGUCUCCUUCUAAGCAUACGCAGUCCUUUCAAGAGCUCUACGGCGAACCAGAGAACUUUCUUGAAAUUGAAGUAAUAAACCCCAUAACACACGGAUCAGGUUCUAGCAUGUACACGGACUAUGAAAUCGUUUGCAGAACCAACAUACCGAUGUUUAAAUUUAAGGAAUCAAGGGUGCGGAGAAAAUACUCAGAUUUUGACUCGUUCAGAAAGGUACUAGAGUCCCAGACAAAUAACGUCGUGAUCCCUAAACUUCCUGAGAAAUCGUUCUUCAACUACCAUCGCUUCAAUGAUGACUUCAUUGAGGAGCGCAGACAGGGUUUACAACAGUUCUUAAAGGUGAUUGCCGGCCAUCCACUUCUUCAAACGGGCUCUAAAGCUUUAACUUCAUUUGUGCAGGAUGAACAUUGGAAUAAAUCUAAGUUCUUAUAA